AUGAACGACUUGUAAUCCGAGUUAAUUACUUCUGACUUAACUGGAAAUGCGUGUGGAGCAAACUAGGCUUUAGAAUUUGUUAAUCCACUGUUGCUUGUCGUGCAACACCUUAUGAAAACAGCCAAAGGAGACAGCAAAUAAGAAGGGUAACUUCAGCAUUUGUUAAUCCACUGUUGCUUGUUGUGCAACACCUUAUCAAAACAGCCAAAAGUGAGACAAAAGAAGACAGCAAGUAACAGGCAGCUUACUUGGUAACCUUUCUGGUUUAACUCACUCAAGUAUGCAUCAGCUGUGUACCAAAACCUUUCAGGAAUAUCUUGUUUAGCUGAUUCUGUUAUAGGUCGCUCCCGCUAUUUAUUACAACAUCACUCACCUGGUUCUCUUAUCGCGGGUGGGCGCGCGGCUAUCUACAAAGGGACAUCUCCAGCUCUGUCUUUAUGUCUCAGCCGAACGCUAAGAUUCAGAAAUAUCAGUGAGAAGGAUUAUCCUUCCCAGUUGUGGGGGAGAAGUGCCUGUCAAGUUCAGGGAAAAAAGAUGUGGAGCUGAAACACCUCGGGUGAAGAGCAGCAGCUGAGGAUUUUCCUAAUUCAAAGCUAAACAAAUGGGCUCUUCCCAUUGUUGAAAUCUACCUUCAAACAGCUGACUCGUGGCUAAAUGGACUCUUGUGACAGUUCAUUGCACUCGGCCUUGGAAACCUGCUUGACCCGAGCUCAACCACCAAGCUCAAGAUGGCAUUGCCCUGUGCUGGCUGCACUAUGAAUCUGCCCCAGAAGACAUGCAGAGCAGGUGCUCAAAGUUGUCAUCAACAGAUAUUAAAACAGAUCCAUCAGAAAAUUGAAGAGGCCAAGGUGCAGUGCCGCUCAGAGGCUACAAAAGCUUUAUCUCCACACCCUGGAGUCAAGAGGAUUAAAUGUGAAUUUGACAGUAAAGAAUGGAUGAGGAGUCAGUGGCUUUAAGUCUUUACUCUCCCCAGCAGUGCUCUGUGGUGACCUUCAAGUGGCUGGAAGCAAACGUGUCCUGUGUUAUUGUCUGUCUGGAGAGAUUCUUGUGGUUACUGGAGAGAACAGGAAUCCAUAAACUGCUGAAGCCCCUCAAAGACUCAGAGGUUCUUUCCUGUCCCACAUCUAUGUAUUGAAGGAUGCUGCGUUGGAGCACAGGAAUGCCCUUCAGAGCCACUUGAACCAGCACCAAAUCCUUGCUUGGCACCCAGGGAGGUGGAGAGGAGCUUCUGGCCACAGUAGCCAUGCAUGCCUAGGUCACCUGAGGACUCAGAGGGGUCAGGUGGUUUAGCACUGCUUUCUUUGCUGGGUUUGUCAGACCCAGUUCUGCACAAGAGCAUCAUGUCUCAAAGAGGAGCUGGGAACUAGAGAGGCUUCUGGCACUGACAGAUUCACUCUGGCACCUGACACGCAUGCCAGCAGCCAUCUCAUCAGGGGGACCUGGACGUCACUGUCACCAUAGAGACAGCAAAGAGGAUUCAGUUUCAAAAGGUGAAGAGAAGCUGGGAAUUAGGAAGAAGUUCCAGCAGAAGGCUCUGAAGCAAACUAAGCAGAAGAAAUCCAAGUCGGCUGAAUUUCUGAUGGUGAAAGAAGAGAGGGCAGCAACAGAAGGCAUUGAAAAUCCAGCUUUUAACAUCAGCAGCACAGAUCUUUCAGCAUAUCAGCCUUCAGAAGAGAAAGUUAUUAAACAUGACAAGCCAGCUAGCACCCUUGCAGCUCACCAACAAAAACUCAGGCUGCAAGCCCAUGCUGAACCAAGAGGAAAUGAAUACAGCAGAAAUUACUUUGACCCAUUGAUGGAUGAGGAAAUAAACCCAAGGCAGUGUGGGAUGGAGGUCAGUGAAGAAGAUUCUGUGUUAACUGAUGAGGAAAUCCUGUACAGUGAACUGAUGAAGAUCCUAGAUGAAGAAGACCAAAUGCUGAACUUCCAAGCAGCCCAUCUCGCCGGCGAGGAUUUUUCUGCCGCUGUGAUGCCUGUCAGCUCCAGUAAGGCAUGUGACCUUCACAGGGAGCUUGAAGAUGAAGAGAUUCCUUCAUAUAUCGAACAGUUUGAGAGAGAUGUUCAAGAUGACAUAAUUCUGCUUGGCAGCUUUUCACUGGAACAGCACCACAAGGAAGACUCCCACCACACAAAACAGAAGCUGCAAGCCAGGAUCCGUGAACUCCUUCAAAGUUCUUCAGUCGCUGAGUGCUGCAAAGUGGGAAGUCAGGCACUGAAAGCAGAGGAGAAUGGAAGUGAAGCAGACAUGAGAGUCAGCUUUGGCAGCUUUGUGAGUGUGAAUACCGGGUUAAAUGGAACAGCUCAUGGGAAGGUUGACUGCUCCAAGACACCACAACCAAUAGAAAUUCAUGUCAAGUGCCUAAGGGGAGUCAAAGAUAAGGUUCCUAAAGGACGCUACACCCUGAAAGUUUCUGUUCUCAGCCGCUUAGGUGGUGGCUUACUGGAGUGGCCCCAACUGGAGGAGCAGCCUCAGGCCAGGACAACGCUGCCCGUUAGUCAUGAUGGGAACUUCUACAGCAUUGAAAUCUACUUUGGACAAAGCAUCCAGACAGUUCUACCACCUAAAAAAGCUGUGAAACUUGGCAUGGUCCUCCUCUUUGAACUCUUCCUUCUUCGUGGGACCUGUACUUGGAUUGAUCGAGAAGUGGGCUGGGGAGCUUUCCCCUUGUGUGACAAUCAUUGUAACGCUCUGGAGGGAAAGUUUAAAUGUCCCUUCCUCAGAGGCCACUACGAUUCCAGAGUUGACCGAUUCCAAAAAAUAGAGAAUUUUAUUUCUCAAGACCUGGAUCAUUGGUUAUGCAACCUCUACUUUCAGAUAAUUAAACUACCACAGGAUUCAGAUAAGCAAAAUAAAGGCAACACACACCUUCAUUUCCCACCUGAGCUCCCCAUGUGUUCAAACGCUGCUGAAAACAGUGGUGUCUCAGAGAAGAUCAAACAGUCUGAACCACAAGGGCAACCUCUGACCUCCCUGAAAGAUCCUGACACCCAUAAGGGAAGUAUUCCCACUGUUGUAAAGGAAGUGGAAAAGCAGUUUAAUGCCACGAAAGGAGGAGAAACGUGUGUUUCAGAAGAAGCUGGGAAGAAAAGACAAGAGCUUAAAAUGCUUCCAGCAGAGGAUGAUUUUUGCUGUGAUUACAAUGACAGUGCAGAUGAGCACUACAACCAGCACCAUCUGAAGGAAGACCAAGGAGGACAUGACAAGGUGGACAACCUAGCUGAUCAAUAUUAUCAAGAAAAAUCAGGUUCUGGGAGCAAUUCAAGCCGAGAAGGAGGGAAGGAAUCUGCAGAGAGCAAGCUCUACUUGGAGGAGUUAGAGAAAUACACUUUUUCUGUGUGUUGCCAUUCUGUUGCUGAAAUGAAGCUGUCCAGAGAGGUUGUUGAGCGUUUCCAUUUCGUGGUCUACACAGCCUUGUCUGAGCUGGGGACCAUACGCUGGUGCUCUGGGGACUUCUGGCUGCUCAUGCUGCUGGUGAUUUUGCUUUGGUUUGUGAGGCUUUACCUACAUUAUUUGAGCCAGUGGCUCUUCCUUCAGACCAUCUCAGUUCCUGUUACAAAAUUUCAGCUUUUCCCUCACACUGUUGAACUGUGCUACCAGAACUCCUUACUGCAGACCAGUGAAGAAUUGGUCAUGGUUGUGGUGGGACCCCUAACCCUGAACGCUGGGCUGCUUCUUAUGAUCCUGAUCAGAUGGGGCUGUCAGCAGCUGUUUGACUCAUUCCCUUCCUUCUUGUCAAAGUUUAUCAUAGCUAUGGGACUCUGGACAGUGCUGGACCCCUUGGCAGUGUUUGUAGUGGAUUCACUCCUGGGGCGACUUGGAAACAGUGUAGAGAAACCCAUUGCUGAUGCUGCAAAACUCUACUGGGUCUUUGUAAGAGCAGAGGAGUCAGGGAUUCCUGGUGUCUUAAUCACUGUGAUGCUUUAUACAAUCCUAUUCAUCAUCUCAUCGGCGAUGUUGUACCUGUACUUUUUAAGGGUACACAGUGAAGGUUGGCUGUUGGAUGUAUUUCAGCGCAUUCAUGGGGAGGAAGGCACAUUCUUCGUUCCACUGGACUUAGAGAUUUCCAGCCAGGAGCUGAGCUACAUUAUGAAGAGGGCUGAGCAGUGGAGAGGAAUUAAUGGUGAAAGACGUGUGGUGGCAGUGUCUGAUUACAUCUGGAAGGACCAUGCCAGCCAGCCUGGUGUCUCCAGCUGUGACCUCCAACACCAGGAUGAAAUACCGGACUCUACACUUUCUGCCAAAGGUAGCACUACAGUUCACGUUUCUGUCUACACUCUUCAUCUCAGCGGCUUCCAGGAGCUCUACAGGCACUUCCUCAGGCUACCUGAUGGGGCCAUUGUGGAGGCAUUUGGUGAUAUUGCUGGAGAAAGUCUUUGGUGUGAUAAAAGAAGCACAGCCCAAGACCACAUAAGCAAUAUGGACAGCAUGCAGCACACAUCAAGUAUGAGACUGAGAGAGAGGAAGAGGAGUACAACAAGCUGGAAAGGACUUCAGGAAGACCAUCUGUGACUGGCGACAGAGCUGACCACGUGAUUGCUUUGGUCUGAGAGCAGACGGGUGGACUACUGCACCAGGCUGACUCACCUGUGGGAUCUUCCCUAAAUUCCUGCAACAGUCAUCUGCCAUCACACCAGUGUAAUUAGUCCCUAGGGUGUGCCUAAAUGAAUGGACCAGGCUGGCCUGCAGAAGAGGCAAAACUCCUUCUCUUAAAGGAAGAAAAAAGACUGAUCCUGGAGAAGAAGAAAAGCCAGGAUAAGGCUGAUGGACUCCCUUCCAACUCUCACAUACAAGCUAAGUACAAUGAUCUGCCUCACGGCCCUAGAACACUUCCAAUAGUUUGAGGGAGAAUCUAUCUUCUGUUUCUUUUCUCCCCAGCAAAGUUUUCCAAUAGCAUGGAUAAUGUGCUAUCAAUGGUGGUUUUCUCCUGAAUAUUGGCUACUCCAAUAUUCCAUUUUAGUUCAUAUUUUCUCUGCCAUGUAAUUUGGGCCUUGUACUCAGUGUUAAUACAUGCAAUAAUUAUAAUUCUCCUUGACUGCAUCAUA